AUGAAUGAAGACAUACAGUCAAAGAGCGAUGACACUGCAGCACCAGCAGAAAACUCUAUAAUCAAGAUUCAAGCGUCAUCUGAAGCCAAUAAGAAGGAAACGUCAGAUAAUGAUGCGAGUGAAAAUGAAGAGGAAAAGAAGUCAUGCCAUCGACAAUUUGAGACACUGCUCAGCAGACUUCAUCUUCAAGACAAACUCCAACUCAAGUUUUCAGUAGAAGAUUUUUUUCAAAUACGCCCACCUAUAAAACAGCACCACAUCACAUCUGAGAAAGAUCUAGCUCAGAUGUUUCUCUACAGACUGAUGAUGUUAGACUACAGGGCCAGAUGUAUUCUUGUAAGACCAGACAGUCUUGAGAUGGCCUAUUUAAAUCCCACAGUGUCUGAAAUCACUGAGACGGAUGACGGUGAUUUGGAGGCGUUAUUGAGAACAAGCGUAGACACACAUGAGAAAGAACAGACUCCUCUGCAUCCAAUGGAUGUUCAGAUGGCAGUAUAUCACUGCUCAGACAGCUUUCUUAAACAGAUCAUAAUUGCAAAGCUCGCUCAGUGUCAGUAUGCCUUACCUUUGCUUGUUCCUGACCCAGUAUCAAAGGAGAUUGUGUGUCCUUUGUGGACAUUCAGACAAAUAACAAAAAGCUGGAAGGUAACUCAAAUCGAACCUGACUCACAAAUUGUCACCAUGAAGAAUAUUCCAGUCUACAAUGCUCAGACACCCUUGGUGUCAUUUUUCCGCCUGGGUUCUUUGUCAGUGUCUAAAUCUCAGCUGAUGAACACUUUGCUCAACGAUCGCCACAGCACCUUCUUCCACAGAAACUGCCUAGGAAGCACCAAGUCUCGCCAUCUGAUGGAUGGUGUGGCAGAGAUUGCCUGGUACUGUCCUGCUGGAAAACCCAAUGAUGCCUUCAAUGACUGCAUUGCCUUUUGUAAUCUUCAUGGUGACGCGCUGUCACUUCAAGAACAGCGUGAAAUAUUGAUUGAAAAAUCCUCCAUCAAUAUUUUUCUUGUUGAAACUCUGCAGAAAAACAAAGAAAGUAGUUCUUUCAUAGCAACUCUUUUUAAGUCCAAGAAGUCGCUCAUUUGUGUCACUGUUGAUGACUGCUGUGAUGUUAAGACAAUAAAUGGAAAAUACAUUAUCGGGCUCAAAGAUAAAAACCAAGCGGAUGUAUCUGAACAGCUGAAAAAGAUCAUUAGAGAAGUUUUAUCUUCUCCAGAUGGUUCCAACUUGAAGCCAUUUUUCCAUCUUGAAACCAUGGCUGAGCUCUCUGGAACCAGAGUGGAUGAAAGUGACCCAGCCUGUCAAAGAGGGAAAUCUGCUGCUUUGCAAAUAAUGGAUCUGCUCACAAAAGACAACAUGGAUGUCUCAAAGAUCAAAGAUGAAUUUCUUGCUGUUCAAGGGCAGCUCUGGUGUGACUGGUGCAAAAUACACAAACAGCUGUUUCAUCUUAGAGGAGAAAUUGAAAAGGAGAAAAGUCAAAAGCAACAAGAACUGAUGAGAAUCCGUCAGAAACAAUGUGCUGCUUCCUGCAGUAAACUGAUGGAGUUGUUCAUUGGAAGCCUUUCAUCAUUGCCACCAAUAGACAAAGAAUAUUUCCUAAAAUGGACUCAGAUCUUAAUAGAUGCGCUCUCCACAAAUUAUCUUUCUUUGAUUCUCAGAAGUUACAAUACAACAUGGUCUGAGGUCUUAGUUUUGAAAAACAAACACGACAAAUCAGAUUUGCUAUCGAGAAAACAGGCUGAGCUUGAAGACAUCUCCAAAAAACUGCAGUCUGCAUCUUUUGGCUUGGAGCACAUCUUCAGGGAAAUGGGACAGAUCUAUGAAGCCCAUAGAGAAAUACAGCAGGAGAGAAACAACACUGACUGGUCUAAAUAUCCUGAGCUGGCUGCACAGUUGAUGAUAUCAGGAUAUCCAAUGGAGCUGAUGGAUGGAGAUGCAGGUCACGUGCCUUUAACGUGGAUCUCCAGUCUUUUAGAGGAAGUCAUCAAGAAACUGGGUGACCAGAGGGUUUUUGUGUUGUCAGUUUUAGGCCUACAAAGCAGUGGAAAAUCAACAAUGCUGAACACCAUGUUUGGUUUGCAGUUUGCAGUAAGUGCUGGCAGGUGCACCAAAGGUGCCUUUAUGCAACUGCUCAAAGUAUCAGAGGAGAUGCAGAAAGACUUUCAGACCGACUAUGUUCUAGUGGUGGACACUGAAGGACUCUGUGCUCUUGAGUUGGAAGGUAAUGCCACUCCUCACCAUGACAAUGAACUGGCAACAUUUGUUGUUGGUCUGGGAAACUUGACAUUGAUCAACAUCUUUGGAGAGAAUCCAUCUGAGAUGCAGGACAUUCUGCAGAUUGUUGUUCAGGCUUUCAUGAGGAUGAAGAAAGUUCAGCUUUCUCCCAGUUGUGUGUUUGUUCACCAGAAUGUUACAGAUGUGGCAGCAGCAGAGAAAAACAUGGAUGGAAAGAGACGCCUGCAGGAAAAACUGGACCAGAUGACCAAGCUAGCAGCUGAAGAGGAGGUUUGCGAUGCAGAGUGUUUCAGUGAUGUAAUUGAAUUUGAUGUGCAAAAAGAUGUGAAAUACUGUGCCCAGCUAUGGGAGGGCAGUCCACCCAUGGCUCCUCCAAAUCCAGGUUACAGUGAGAGCAUCCAAGAACUAAAGAACGUCAUCCUGUCUAAAGCUUCAAAGUCUGCUGGAAUUACACUCUCUCAGUUCAAGGCCAAAGUUGAGGACCUGUGGAAUGCCCUUCUGAAUGAAAACUUUGUUUUCAGUUUUAAAAACACACUUGAAAUCGCAGUAUACAGAAAACUUGAGGUUCAGUAUGGGAACUGGACCUGGGCCCUUAGAAGCAAGAUGUUGACCACUGAAGAACAGCUUCAUAACAGAAUUGAAAAUGGGGAUCUUGACAAGGUUGAGAAGACAUAUCUUUUGGAAGAAACGAGCAAAACAUUUAAAGAAAUUAGGAAAGCGAUAAAAACAUACUUUGAGAGUGACAAGGAUAAAGAAAUGUUGACUCAGUGGAGAGGACGAUUUGAAAUCAAAAUCAGUGAGUUUUAUGAUGAGCAGGUGAGCAGAUUAAAAACAAAACUUGAUGGAGUUAUCCUGCAGAAGAAAGCAUGUAAACAGUUGGAUGAUGAUAAGACAGGCUUUGAGAACAAGCUGCUACAGAAGAGCAAAGAGCUCGCUCAGCAACUGAAGGAUAAAGUCAGAGAUGAAGAAGAGCUUAACAAACAGUUCAACUCUGUUUGGAGUGGCUGGAUUACUGAAUUAACAGCAGAUACUAAAACAGUUGUAGAUGUCAACUUGGAAGAAGAUUAUUGUACUAUUCUUCAAGAACUCGGUUUUGAAUUGGCUUUUGUAGAUGAAUCAAAAAGACGUGGGAGAUACAAGAAAAUAUCUGAGAUUGGUGAUUAUUCAGACUACCUAAAGACAAGUGGACCAAAAUUUCUCGGGACUGUGGUAGAUCUUUACAAAAAAUAUGCUUUCAGCAGUUCUUUCUCAUUUAAAGAACAACAACAAGUCAGAUCGUUCAUCGAAAAAGCUGAAAACGAGUCCCUUGAUGCACUGAAAAGUAAACCUGUAGCAACAAGAGGCUACACACCAACUUACUUGCAUAAACUUGCCAAACAUGUGAAAGACGAAGUCGAGAAAUUUGUGUCAGAGAGGAAAUUUGCUUUGAAGAAGGAUUUUACAGUUGAUCUCUUGCUGUAUAUGUUCGACAGAGCAGAGACUUGGCUUCUCGAGUCCCAUAAAAAAUUCAAAAUGAGGAAUGAUCCACUCACAUAUUUAGAAAGCAAGGAAGCACAGUUUUCCACAGUUUUUAGAAGCUUUUGCAAAGGAAACUCAUCUGCUGUUGUCCUUGGAGAACUGAUCUGUGAAAAGCUGAAAGCUUCCACUGUUGAGGCUCUCUACAACAGGACUGCCAUUGAUCUGGCUCACCAGAUGAAGUGUAAUUUCCCAGCAUUCAGUGGCAACACUCUGGACUUGGAGAAACAUAUACUGAAGUCCCUCGCUGAGAAAGAAGUCUUUGAUGAUUUCAUCACCUACAUCAAAAACCCAAGGAGACAUACAAAAGCUUUUAUCACAGCAGCAGUAGAGAAGUACAUCUUCAGAGAUCACAAGGAUGAAGCUGUGAAUUUACUUGAGAAAAAUGUUCUUGACAUCAACUCACUUGUUAGUCAAGCUUUAUUUACUGCAACACAGAAAGUCCAAACUCAGGGAGGAGACGCAGACAGGUGGCUGAAGGAGUUUUCCAGUGCGCUAAAUGAUAAGCUCACUCUGGAUCCCAUUUGUUCUCAAAACUUCAGUGACAUAAACGAUUUUGACUUUCUGAAGGGAGAGAUAGAGAAAGGAUUUGCUGCCAUCAUUGUGCAGAUGAGCACCAUGUCACUGGAAAACUUGAAGGAAUCCAGACUGAAGCCUGAUGAAAUCCUCACAGAUCAGCUCUGUAAGCGUUGCUGGGUAAAGUGUCCAUUCUGUUCCGCUGUUUGUAUCAACACUAUUGAAGAUCACAGUCCCGAUGACCACAGCGUCCCUUUCCAUCGACCUAAUGGGAUCCAAGGAUGGCACUACAAAGGCACAGUGGAGUUGUGCAUCACUUUCUGCACAACAAACGUUUCGAGCGAAGGCAGGUUUUACCCUCAUAAUGAUUCAGAGGAAAGCAUUCCUUAUAAACAAUACAGAACUGCUGGCUCAAAGUAUGCCGCAUGGAGAAUUACCCCCGAUGGGUCGAGACUAUCGUACUGGAAAUGGUUUGUGUGUCGAUUUCAAAACACACUGGAAGAGCACUAUAACCUAAAAUUCCAGGGCAGAGGAGAGAUUCCUGAUGACUGGAAAACAAUCUCUAAAGAGGAAGCCAUUAAAAGCCUUGAUGAAAUGUGCUGA